AUGGCAAUGAUAAUCACCAGGGCAUCCCCUAUAAGCGCUUCGUUUCUUUUAACUUUUUAUUAUAAAAGAAUCAAACGAAUACUGCCACUGUAUUACAUGGUGUUGUUCGCAGUACUUUUACUUGUCAUAGUAAAGCUACCUGCGUUUCGCUCCAUAAAUUUUACAAGUUCUCGCAGAGCAUUAUUACUUAUCGCAAACAUCAAGUUCGAAAGUGAUCCAUUGAAGGAGUAUGAGAAAAUGUUGAAAAAUGCUGAUGAUCUUUUUACGCACACUUGGUCUUUAUGCGUCGAGAUGCAGUGGUACUUGUUGGCUCCCCUUCUUUUCUUUUUACAGAAAUUGCUACUACCAAAGAAGAUAUUUUUCUUGGGAAUGGUAUAUGCUUCCAUGCACUUCUAUUUCGCAGUUGAUGACAACACCGCUUUCUAUAAUGUUUUCGCAAGGAUGUGGCAGUUCUGUGCUGGCAUAAUUGCUCUUGUGUACAGCGAUGAUAAGACCUGUACAACACAGACGAAUCAGGUGACCGAGAGUGAGGAUAGCUUACAGGAUAAAGGAAAAUUGGGCUGUACUGACGUCAUUUCUUGGUUAAUAUUCGUCCUCGCCAUAAUGGUACCAUUUGUGUGGGUACCGUUACCAAAGCGAUUCCUUCGUAUAGAAACAACGAUCAUGACAGCAAUACUCAUUAGGCUAGGCAAGCUCUGUCAGACAGCUGUACUCACUAGACCGGAGGUAGUGUACGUCGGAGAGAUAUCAUAUGCUCUUUAUCUGAUACACUGGCCUGUUUUCGUUGCAAUGAAGUACUGGUAUCCUGAGAAUCCACUAAGCUCAACCGUGGGUGUUAUCACUUCCGUCUUCUUCGCUUUGCUGACGUACCGCUUCUACGAAACAAAUUAUCUGCGACGGUCACCUACUUUCAUCUGCCUAUUGAUAGCCACGCUCUUCCUUGGCUGCGGAUACCUAAGCUCACUGCCCACAGAGCUCUUCAAACCGGCAAAGAUUGACUACAAUGGCCUUAAGAUAGAAGACGCCGCUUGGAACUUGAGUACGCAUUUUUAG